AUGAUUCCCAAGGCUGUCACGGAUCCGAGGGAUGGUAGGAGAGUAGCCUUAAAAAAACUGCCGAAUGUCUUUCAAAGUCUUGUAAGCAGCAAGCGAGUCUUCAGGGAGCUGAAAAUGCUUUGCUUCUUCAAACACGAUAACGUCCUUUCCGCGCUGGAUAUCCUUCAGCCGCCGCAUCUGGACUUCUUCCAAGAGAUAUACGUGAUCACCGAGCUGCUCCAGAGCGACUUGCACAAGAUCAUCGUGAGCCCACAGCAUCUCAGCCCGGACCACAUCAAGGUCUUCCUUUAUCAGAUCCUACGAGGCCUCAAGUACCUUCACUCGGCCCGAAUUCUCCACAGGGACAUCAAACCUGGAAAUCUCUUAGUGAACAGCAAUUGCGUACUAAAAAUCUGUGAUUUUGGAUUGGCCCGGGUGGCGGAACCCGACCAGAACGUUCACAUGACCCAGGAAGUGGUGACACAGUAUUAUCGCGCGCCGGAAAUCCUGAUGGGCGCGCGACACUACACCGCUGCGGUGGACGUGUGGAGUGUCGGCUGCAUCUUCGGCGAGCUUUUGCGCCGACGGAUCCUCUUCCAGGCCCAAAGCCCUGUGCAACAGCUCGAAUUAAUCACGGAGCUGCUGGGUUCGCCCACUCUUGAGGAGAUGAGGUAUGCGUGCGAGGGCGCGAAGUCUCACAUGCUAAGAAGGGCGCAGAAGCCGCCGUCGCUCGCGACCCUGUAUAAUCUUAGCAGCCAAGCGACGCACGAGGCCGUCCACUUGCUCUGCCAGAUGCUAGUCUUCGAUCCCGACAAGAGGAUCACCGUGGUGGACGCCCUGGCGCAUCCUUAUCUGGAUGAGGGACGGCUUCGAUAUCAUUCGUGCAUGUGCACAUGCUGUUAUACGACGAGCGCCGGUUUGAGACAGUACAGGGUGGAUUUCGAGCCUUCGGCCGCCCAUCCGUUCGACGAUCUCUGGGAGCGAAAGCUCACGAGCGUGCAGCAAGUGAAAGAGGAGAUGCACAAAUUUAUAGCGGAGCAGCUGAACACGUCGCGAGUGCCGCUCUGCAUUAAUCCGCAGUCCGCGGCAUUCAAGAGCUUCGCGAGCUCCACGGUGGCUCACCCCUCGGAAUUGCCACCCUCUCCACACCAGUGGGAAUAAAAAGUCUUCCCCGUUCCCGUUCCCGAGAUAGACCGUCGGACUCGAGGGUGACGACUCCGCGUCGCUCUCCAAGAAGAAAGGAGAAUCUUCGUCGACCGGAAGAUAGUAAGUCACUGAUAAUAAGAAGAAAGAAAAGGAGGAUAAAGAAGAAGGAAAACGGGGAACUAGAAGCUACGGAGAGAAGAGCCAAGAGAGACAAUAGACUGCCGCACACUAUAGCCUCAAUUUUCGACUAGCUGAUACAUAUACAUGCAUGGGAUAUAUCGCGAGGGAUGCGUAGAAAAGUAGUAGGAACGUUCGAAGAAUUUGAAGUUUCUUUUAAUUUAUCUCAGAAAUGCAUCUUUUAAUUUCACAAAAAAUUAUUCAAUUUAU